AUGUCGUCGGAGGAAGAUAAGACCACGAGGAUCUCUAUCGAACCGGAGAAACAAUCACUUCUCGAUCAUCACACCGAGAAACAUUUCACCGCCGGAGAAGUCGUCCGUGACAUCAUCAUCGGUGUCUCCGACGGUUUAACCGUUCCUUUUGCACUCGCAGCCGGACUUUCCGGUGCGAAAGCUUCUUCUUCUAUCGUACUCACCGCCGGAAUCGCCGAAGUCGCCGCCGGUGCUAUCUCCAUGGGACUCGGCGGGUACUUAGCUGCAAAAGGCGAAGCGGAUCAUUACGCGAGAGAGAUGAAACGAGAACAAGAAGAGAUCGUGGCCGUUCCUGAGACCGAAGCAGCUGAGGUGGCAGAGAUUCUGGCACAGUACGGAAUAGAGCCACAUGAAUAUUCACCUGUGGUUAAUUCUCUUCGCAAGAAUCCUCAAGCUUGGCUUGAGUUUAUGAUGAGGUUUGAGCUUGGACUAGAGAAGCCUGAUCCAAAAAGAGCAUUCCAAAGUGCAUUCACGAUUGCAAUAGCUUAUGUUCUUGGCGGUUUAGUACCACUACUCCCUUACAUGUUCAUACCGCAGGCCAUGGAUGCGGUAGUCGCUUCUGUGGUUAUUACUCUGAUCGCUCUCUUCGUAUUCGGCUAUGGAAAAGGACGUUUUACAGGGAGCAAACCAGUUAAAAGUGCGUUUGAAACCGCUUUUAUAGGAGCGAUUGCCUCAGCAGCUGCGUACUCUUUGGCUAAACUGGUGCAACAUUAG